UUAUUUUGAUAUUAGAGAUAUUUUUAGAAAUGAAAACGACUGUAAACACAUAUCAUGUGUACACGUGAAGUCACGCAUAAAAAGUGUGCGCGCGCAUAUCCGCCAUCUUAACGUUACUAUGACAACGCAAUUAUUGUGAAAAAAGCGAGCCGAUCAAAAGCGAGAAACAGAAAAAAUGGAAACAACCAGACAAGUGGAAGUCUUCACCGGAAAUGGUUGAGAAAAAAAAAUAAGAAUCGUACAUUUUAGAAAUGUGAUCACUUUUGAAAAGUAUUUAAAAAAAAAGAAUUGAAAACGAAAUAUUAAAAAUUCUCUUCGUUUUAAUAAUCAACAUGAAGGAUUAGAUUUUAAUUCUCGAAUUUGCCAAAAAAAAAGAAAAUUAGGAGUUUAUGAAUACAAAAGAAACAAGAAAAAAAUCAAUGAAAAUUCGUGAUGGUGUUAAUUUAUUCACUACAACGAUAAAUGUGAUUGUUUUAUAGUGACGCAAUUGCGCGGAGUUGGGUGAGGGCGUUCGCGAUGAAAUGUGAAUCGCGAGGUGAUGCGGAGGAUAUUAAUUUUACCGGUGCCUCGUGCAAAUGCACAAUUCAAACUGGUAAUUAUUUUACUAAAAGUGAUUAAAGUCUGGCAGUAUUUAUUUAGAAUUCAAAGUGCAGUAAAUAAUUCAUCUCGUCGAAUCGGGUCAAUUUUUAUCUCUUAAAUAAAAAAAAACAUGGGGAAAGAAUUCUGAAAAUUUUUCAUUCCAUUCACAUUAGUGAUAGUUCACUUAUAGUCUUAAUUUACUAAUGUUUAUAAACAAUUUAAAAUCUACAAAAUUUAGUAGAUUUUUAGGGAAUUUCUCUUUGGAGAAAUAUAGUGGAAAGAAACCUAAUUAAAAUAUUUUAAAAUUAUCAAAAAAAGUAGAUUAUAUUUAGUAAAAUUCUAAAAAGAUUUAGUAAAUAAAAUAAUAAAUUAAUGGGCAAGAAUUGAGGAAAUUAAUGAAAUUAAUGAAAUUUAUGGAAUUGGUGGAAUUGAUGGAAUUUUAGGUAUUAAUUCAAUAAAUAGUGAAGAAAAAGUAUUUUAUAGUGAAGAAAAAGGUAUAUAGUGAAGAAAAAGGGCAUACAGUGAAGAAAAAGGUAUUUUAGAAAAUAAAUGUCGCACUUGAUUAAUAGUGGAUUUGUAUAAGUGAAGUGCUAACUUCCGGUGCUGAUGAGAGGAAGUGUUAGGCUUUAGGAGAAAAGGGCUUUGUGUCCUCGAGGAUGAGUGGAGGACAUGCCGAGUGAUUUGAGGAGGAUCACGCUUGUUUUACAAGAAUUCUCAUCCCCCUUGAGGACUUGGAUCGGUCAGAGAAAGCUCCUCUUUUUUCUGAAAGAUGAGCUCCAUAGACUUCGACGAGGUGCUGUUACACGUGGGCGAGAAAGGAAGAUAUCAAAAUAUUAUGUAUUAUCUGCUCUGCAUACCAGCCACCCUGCCAGCUGCCUUCUUGGCUUUCUCGCAAGUGUUUGUCAGCGCAUCGCCAGAUCACUGGUGCAAAAUACCAGAACUGGAUAACUUAACAAGUAUUCUGAGCCUGGAUGAACGUAAGGCUCUUUCACUGCCUUAUAGAAUUAGGUCAGAUGGAAGAAGAGAAUAUGACAGGUGUACAAUGUACGAUGUAAAUUACACCUCAAUUGUUGAGUCAUGGUUAGAUAGUUUCUUAUCAAAUGACUCUCAAUUCGAGAGUUCAACUUCGUCAUCAUCCAUAAUAUCGUCGAAUUUGAUUUAUCCACCAAAUCGUCUUCCACCGCCACCGGUCAGCAAUCCCAACUGGCCAAUUACUAAAUGUCGUCACGGAUGGGACUAUGACACUAGAGACUACGACAGUACCCUCGUCACAGAGCUAGACCUCGUUUGCGACAACAGUUGGUGGCCUUCCACGUCGACGACGUUUUUCUACGUGGGAAGUUUAUUUGGAAAUGUUGUCUUCGGCUGGAUCGCAGACAAAUGGGGCAGGAGAACAGCCUUUUUCGCUAUACUCUUCUUAGAGGUUAUUUUCUCCAUAGCCACUAGUUUCAGUCCCAAUUAUGUCAUCUACACAGCGUUAAGAACCGUCAAUGGCCUUUUCUUUCCUGCCAUCUAUCAAAUUCCCUUCAUCCUCGCCCUCGAAUUAAUGGGACCGAGGUACAGAACCUUCGCUGGCAUGGUCAUUUGCAUGUUUUUCGCAUCUGCAAUGUCACUUCUCGCGUUAUUGGGAUACCUUCUGAGACAUUGGUACACUUUAUCAUUAGCCACAUCAGUUCCAUUUAUUCUACUCUUUAGCUACUAUUGGAUCAUUCCGGAGUCUCCAAGGUGGCUUCUCAGUAAAAAUAGGAUAGACGAGGCGGAAGAAAUUGUUCAGCACAUGGCAAAAAUGAAUGGUAAAACAGUGCCCACGAAUUUUUUGAGAAAAAUGGAGAUGGAUAUUUUAAGACGUCAAGGAGUUGCCUGUAAUGGAAAAAAUUCCGCCGAAUUCUCAGAGGAAAUGGAGACUGAAGACAGACCACCACCACCAUCAGCUACCCCAAUGGAUUUAAUAACGAAUCCCAAUAUCAGGAAGAAAUUUUUUAUUUUAGCAUUCGAUUGGGUUGCAAAUGCAGUCGUUUACAAUGGUUUGUCGUAUAAUACGACGAAUCUUGGUGUCUCUGAUUACUUAGCUUUUUUUAUCGGUGGAAUAGUAGAAAUUCCAUCCUACGUAAUUACAUGGUACGCUAUGGAUAGAAUAGGAAGGCGAUGGGUUCUUUGUCUAACAAUGCUUCUAGGAGGUCUAGCAUGCGUCUCCUGCAUGUUUGUUCCCGAAGAUGCCGUUUGGGUAACAGUGAGUCUAGCCAUGAUUGGAAAGUUUGGAAUAGCAGCGUCCUUUGCAGUAUUCUACGUCUUUGUGGGAGAACUCUUGCCAACUGUUCUCAGGUCCCAAGCAAUGGGAAUUGCAUCAUUUAUAGCUGGAAUUGGUCUCCUAACAUUUCCCUACAUUGUGCAUUUAGCUGUUUAUUCCAGAGUUCUCCCUCUGAUAAUUAUGGGAUCAUUAAGUGUAGCCGGAGCUAUAACGUCUAUUUUCUUGCCAGAAACUUUAAAUAUACACUUGCCACAGACUGUUGAGGAAGGCGAAUUAUUUGGAGCAGAUUUUAAACUCUGGUCUUGUCCACCAAUUUCAGCGAGAUGUCCAUCAGAAGAAAGGGCAGAAAUCCCUCUAAAGUACUUCGUGAAUGGAGGACCUGAACGUCGUUCAAAAUCCAAUAUCCUCUCGGACUCUUCGCCAUCGGAAACGGCGCCCUUAGAAUUAGAGAGAUGUCUACUGUCAUUAAGUGAAGACGAAACCGCGAAUUUAAAAUAUGCCGACUGUGAAGAUGUUUAAAAAAACUUCAUAAAGAAACUAAAAAAAUUAGUAACAGUGCUAGAAGUUAACAAAAUUUCUAGCAGUGAAAAAAGUGUCAAAUGUCCUCUUACUGAUGAUAAUCAGUUACCUGACUGUAUCAGUCCUUUAAUUCUGUAUUAUAUUCUCAGCAUAAGGAAGCGUUGUAUUUAUUUUUAUUCCGUUAUGAUAAAAGUCUAAUGUCUUCGUAAACUCUGCCUCGUGACCGAAUUUUUAUGCGCUGCACGCACUUUCAGAACAUUUUUUUUUUAUUUAUUUACACAGUGGAGAAUUUUGAAAUUUUUUUAUUUCAAUAUACAAUCAACUUGACUCGAGCAUUAUUUUAAUUAAUAAAACUGUGAAAUAAAAAGUAUUUUAGUGACAAAAUGAAAUAUUGUAAAUAAUGCCAGAGACAUGAGAGCAAAGUGCGUGUCUAUAAUAUUUAUUACAAAGCUGCCCAAGUGAAAACGUUAUCAAAGUACACAAAAGUACGUGGACUUAAGACUUAAUACUUAACGUUAAUUUCAGACUAAUAAUUAUUGUUUGUUAUUUAAUAUUUAUUUGUCGAACGCACUGCCCUUAUGAAGAAGACAACCAUUCUCAAUUCAAGCUUACUGUUCAACAAAAAAUAACUUUGUCUAAAGUAAACUUGAUGAAAAAGUUUAGUUCGAGAUGAAUGGACUUUUUUAGAUGAAAGGUUAUUUUUGCAUCAAGAGUUUUAAAUAUUUUAUGUAACAAUUUAAAAGACUGCUUUGUAAAGAUUACAUUGUCAUUGUAUUACUAUAAUCCUUAUGCUCAUUAAUUCUUUCAGUUUUGUAAGACUAGAAAAGGAAAAUUGUAAUUUUAAUUGAAAAUCGAUGUUUUCUUCCAAUAGGACUUAUACGCAUAUUCUCUUGUGGCAUUUCGGUCGCUAAGAUCCUAUAGAUUAUUAUAAUAAAUGAUCUUCCGUCACAUUGUGUGACCUACUGUAUUAUUUGUGCAAUAUGCAAAACUCCAAAAAAGCAUGACUCCAUGUGUUAGUCUUAUAAGUGACGUGUAGAAAAGAUAAAUGUAUCUCAUUUGUAAUAAAGAAAUACCGAAAAGGUGAUUGAAUCGUAGAAUAAAUAUUUCCCUCUUGGACAAUCCUUGACGAAUUAGUCAGUCCUGGAAACGCCUUCAAGUUAGUUAGUCCAGAAAUCAUCACCGAAUUAACUUCGCGUCCUCUUCGUGUCAGUCCAGGAAUCGCCACCAAGUUAACUAGUUGUGUACUGUCAUCCAGUUUAUUCUUCGACUUCAGUCCAGAAAAUUUCUUCAAGUACCAAGUGCAUUCGUCGAGUUUCGUGUUGGUCAAGUUCAUUCAAGAAAAUAAUUUCUACCACGAGACAUAUUUCUAUUUUUCUAAGGACUGCAUUACCUCGACAUCAACGUCAAAUCAAUAAUUCGGUCACUCCUAAGCUGAGGGGUGUUUUAUCAAAUUUACAUCGACACCUGGACUCCAAACCUUUCACUUUGGCUGGCCCGAAAACAAUUCGAGGGAAAUCUACUGCAUUCUCUGUUUCCGCUAGUCAACGUCAUUUCUUCGACCUCACACUGAAGGAGGUAUCGUUUGUUGGGUCUACGAUUCUAAGAAUAAUUGAUUCCACAAAGUUCUAAUUUUGUUUCAGUGUCCCUGAAGACAUCUGGAUCUACUCUUUCUCUCUGAUUCUAAUUGUAAAGGAUUCA